CGACUUCCCGCGCCCGCCCCGGCUUCCUCUUGUCCCUCUUUCAUUCCUCUUUUCUGGGGAUUAGCCAGGGGCUUCCCGAUGCCCGACGAUUCCAUACGCCCUCUGAUAACUGCCCGCUCCAUCUCACCUGCUCCGACAUUUCCAACUCGCGAUACAUUCGAUACUAUGGAUCUCGCCGGCGAUAACGUGGUGAGGAAGGGCAAGCUUUCUUGGGUUGUUGCGCUAUCCUACGCUAUCGACUGGAUCAUUCUCAUCGCCGUUGGCGUUGUUGGGUACAUUUUAGGUCAUAUUACACCAAACAAGCGGCCGUUCGCGCUCGACGACCGCAAUAUUUCAUUUCCCUAUGCCGAACAAGAAACAGUGCCAGUAUGGCUCGCGGUUGUCAUCAGCGUCAUGUGCCCGAUUGUCAUCAUCGCCGUCAUCUGCCUCGUUUUCGUGCCCGGUUCCACCGUCCCCCGAGGAACACCCAAGUCGUUAAUAUGGCAGCGCAAGCUGUGGGAGCUGCACCAAGGCUGGUUGGGUUUGGCUCUAUCUGUUAUGGCAGCUUGGAUCAUCACCAAUGGCAUGAAGAACUUGUUCGGAAAGCCGCGUCCGGAUCUUCUUGACCGGUGCCAGCCAGACAUGGAGAACCUCAAGGAUUAUAUCAUUGGCGGGCUGCUCAGAUUGAAUAGCUCAUUGACUCCAGGCCACAUCCUCGGUCCUGGCACCCUCGUGAGCCCCAACAUUUGCACGAAUCCCGACAAGGCUGUGUUGGACGAUGGCUUUAGGAGCUACCCUAGCGGCCAUUCUAGUUCAGCCUCAGCUGGUCUCGUUUACCUCUCCCUUUUCAUUGCGAGCAAGUUCGCGAUAACAAUCCCGUUCUUCUCCACUUCAGGCUCGUCGGCCGAUCACGAAACCACCGCCGCCGCCUUCCCCUCCAGAACCCGCAUUCCCAGCGUCAAGGUCAGCGGUCCGGAUUCAUAUGAGCUUUCCAACCGCAGCCCCUCAGCCCUCACCAACUCCAUGGAAGACCCGGCCCUCUUAUCCAAAGGCGUGACGGCAACGAACCGAAAGAUAGCAGCAGUCCGCCGUCAGGCCGCGGCGCCACCUCUGUAUCUCCUCCUGGUAGCCAUCAUCCCCUUCUUCGCAUCAGUCUACAUUGCCGGCUCCCGCUGGUGGGAUUUCAGGCACCACGCCUUCGACAUCCUCUUUGGCUACCUCAUCGGUCUCGUCGGCGCCAUCUUCGCCUUUAGGUAUUACCACCUCCCAAUCUCGCGCGGUGCGGGCUGGGCAUGGGGACCCCGCAGCCACGACAAGGCCUUUUGGGCGGGUGUGGGAAGCUACAGCUAUGCCACGAGCCGCACGCGCGGCACGUACCGCUCGGGCGACGAGGAGGAGGCCCUAGGCGCGCCUAUCGAGCCGUACGGACGGGGAAGCGGCAUGAGCAGUGUCGCUCCUGUGGCGCCGAGAAAGGGCGGGUCGCAAGGGAUGGACGCGAGGGACGAGGAUACGUCAUAUACCGGGGCUUCGGGGAACGAUCAGAGCCCUGAGCCACAUGCGAGAUGAACAACAAUAAUAACAUGAUUUGAUCGUUGACUCGUUGACGCUUUGUUUCAUGUCGUCAUUUGGCGGAGGUAGGUGGGUUCUGGAUACACACAUGUUAUUGGAAUGACACAAACGACUGGGCUGAACAUGGGACUGGACUUUUAGGACGGGCUGGUUUAGGGAGGGGCUGUUUUUUCUCUUUUUUCCUUUCCUUUCCCCAAAAGGCAGGCCGGUUGAUUGAUUUGGAAAAGGGGCGAGGCGAGUGAAGAAGGGGGUGAGGUCGUUUUCUUUCCGACAGGGAUUUAUUGACUCGAUCAGCGUUUGGUCGCUUGGUACAACCUCUAUUCUUUUGUCGACUUUUUUUCAUUUGGUAGUUUUGAACAAUUCUUUGUAACGGGCGUUGGGGGCAAGCCAUUUUCUUUAGGUGUGUAUCAAAGAGACAGGUAUCACAGGCCUUUUUUUAAUCUUUUUGGGUCCGUUGGCUGGACAGAAUCACAUCUGUUUUUACAAUCGAUUAAUCUGUGUGGACCA